AUGGAUGAUUUUUCUGUUUUUGGUGAAUCAUUUGAUGAAUGUUUAAAUCAUUUACAACAUGUACUUGAGAAAUGCAUAGAGAAAAAAUUAGUUUUGAGUUGGGAGAAAUCACAUUUUAUGGUUAAAGAGGGAGUUGUGUUGGGUCAUAUUGUGAGUGAAAGGGGUUUAGAGGUGGAUAGAGUAAAAAUUGAUAUUAUAUCUAAAAUGAAACCUCCAAAUUCAGUAAAACAGAUUAGAUCUUUCUUGGGUCAUGCAGGUUAUUACAGAAAAUUUAUUCAAGAUUUUUCGAAAAUUUGUAAACCUCUCACCAUGCUAUUAUCUAAAGAUGUGUCUUUUAAUUUUGAUGAGAAAUGUUUUGAGUCUUUUUCCGAAAUAAAAAGAUUACUUACUGAGGCACCCAUUUUACAAGCUCCUGAUUGGUCCCUUCCCUUUGAAAUAAUGUGUGAUGCAUCGAAUUAUGCAGUGGGGGCUGUUCUAGGACAAACAAAAGAGUAAUUUCAUAUGCUAGUAAAACUAUAUCCGAUGCUCAAUUAAAUUAUAUCACGACUGAAAAAGAGUUGUUAGCUGUAGUAUUUUCGUUAGAAAGGUUUAGAUCAUAUAUUUUGGGAGCUAAAAUUAUUAUUUAUACUGAUCAUGCAGCAUUAAAUUAUCUGUUAACUAAGAAAGAUGCAAAGCCAUGUUUAUUAAGAUGGAUUUUAUUGUUGCAAGAAUUUGACUUAGAAAUAAAAGAUAAAAAAGGUUUCGAGAAUGUUGUUGCUGACCAUCUUUCUAGAUUAAGUGAUACAGGAAUAAAUGCAGCACCUUUACAAGACGCAUUUUCAGAUGAACAAUUGAUGGCAGCUCAACAUCAACCAUCACUAUGGUAUGCACAUAUUGUUAAUUUUCUGGUUUCUGGAAAAACUCUAGAACAGUGGGAAAAGAACAGAAAACAUCAUUUCUUUUCUAAGAUUAGAAAUUAUUUUUGGCAUGAUCCUGAUUCAUAUUACUUGGGCAAUGAUCAAAUUUUAAGGAGAUGUGUUCCUGAAGAAGAAUAUCAUAGCAUUAUUAACAUGUGCCAUUCAUCUAACUGUGGAGUACAUUUCUCUGGACGAAAAACAGCUGCAAAAAUUUUUCAGUGUGGUUUUUAUUGGCCUACAAUCAUUAGAGAUUCUAUAGAAUUUAGUAGAACAUGUAUUUCAUGCCAAUCUAUAGGUAACAUGAGUAAAAAAGAUAAAAUGCCCAUGAGUAACAUGUCAAUAGUCGAAAUUUUUGAUGUAUGGGGAAUAGAUUUCAUGGGUCCCUUCCCAUCAGCUGAAAAAUAUGAAUAUAUUUUGCUUGCUGUUGAUUAUGUGUCGAAGUGGGUGGAAGCUAUUCCUACUAGAACUAAUGAUCAUAAAAUCGUGAUGAAAUUUGUGUAGGAAAAUAUUUUUUCGAGAUUUGGAUGUCCUAGAGUGAUUAUUAGUGAUGGAGGAACACAUUUUACGAAUAAACCUUUCAGGGAACUGUUGAAAAAGAAUGGAGUACACCAUAGAGUAGUCACUCCAUAUCAUCCCCAAACAAAUGGGCAAGCUGAAGUAGCAAAUAGGGAAAUUCAGAGAAUUUUGAGAAAAAUAGUUAGACCAGAUAGGAAAGAUUGGCCCACGAAAUUACAAGAUGCAUUAUGGGCCUAUAGAACAGCUUAUAAAAAUCCCAUAGGUAUGUCCCCAUUUCGUCUCAUUUUUGGAAAGCCAUGUCAUCUUCUUGUGGAAAUAGAGCAUAAAGCAUUAUGGGCUAUUAAAAAUUUAUGUAUGGAUGAGAAAUCAGCUAGUGGGCAUAGAAUUUUUCAGCUACAUGAACUAGAGGAGUUGAGGAAUGAAGCUUAUGAAAAUCAUAGAAUAUAUAAAGAAAAAACUAAAACUUUUCAUGAUAAAUACAUUAGCAGAAAAAAAUUUGAUGUUGGACAAAAAGUGUGGUUAUAUGAUUCUAGGCUGAAAUUAUUCUCAGGAAAAUUAAAAUCAAAAUGGAAAGGGCUUUAUGUGGUGGAAGAGACAUAUGAUCAUGGGGCUGUAAUGAUUAAAGAUCCUAAAAGUGAUCAUAACUUCAAGGUAAAUGGACAGCAGCUUAAACAUUACAUAGAACAUGAACGCCUUGCAGAAAAAGAAAUUUUAUUAUUAAAAGAAAUUCAAGAGUAAGACCAAGGAGUCCAGCUGGAGACAUUAAAUUCAGCGCUGCAUGGGAGGCAACCCAUGGUUUUUAUUUCAUUCUGUUUGAUUUUUUUAAGCUCUAUUUUUCUUAGAAUUUCGCAGUACUUGUUUCUGUAUUUGUUUUUUCGAAAAAGUGUAAGAUGAAGUGGAAAAUUAAAAACGAGGUUGAGGUGAUGUCUUUCGGAGCUUUAUCAUUUAUGACAACAUUUUUAAUGCUUAACUUUGCAUAUAUGCAUGCUUCACGUGAAAAUUAUAUUUUCUGCAUAUUCUGUUUCGAUUUUUCUGUGUCAUUGAGGACAAUGUCAUUUUUAAGUUGGGGGUGAAGGACUCAUUAAGAACAUGUGUUUGCAUUUUAUUCAACUUAGAACCGAAACUAAAAAAUAAAAAAAAAGAAAAAUUCGAAAAAACUGCAACAUCUAUUUUCUGGUUUUCUGUCAGGAACAACAGACUGUCAAAAUUAGCAGACGAAAAAACAACCCGAAAUUUGAAAUUAUAGAGACCCUUUUAUCACAUUUCAAUCCCCUAGACCUAUAUUACUGAAAUUCGAAAUUACAGCUAUAAAGAAGAUAGUUUUGAUUUAUUUUUGACAAAUUUAUUGCUGCUAAAAUAGAACUGAAAACAGAAAACAGAACUGUUAGAACUAUCUAAUUUACAAAUUUCUUACAAGAAGAUUAUUAUUGAGUCAAAAGAAUGAUCUAGUAGGAAGAUUAUUAUUGAGUCAAAAGAAUGAUCUAGUAGCAUGAAAUGUUGGAAUACUCUUUAGAUACAUGAUAGAUAACAUGGAUUUGAUUUUACAGAUUUUCACUUCAUGAUCUUGAUGGAUAAUAUUUACUUGAUGUGAAAAUUAGAUUGAUCAUUUGAGUUUAAUGGAGAUUUUUGCAUCCUGAUCUAUAGGACUUGUGAGGAGAAAUUACUUAUUUCGAAAUAAAAAAAAGAGAGAGCAAUGUGAAAAAUCUAGAAACGAAGAGUACACAUAGAGGGUGUGAGACAUCAUUCGCAUUGUCGAAAAUCGUGUAUAGAAAAACACUUGCUGCAAAAUAAGUGGAUAAAGUGGAAGCCCUGAAAAUGAAGAGUACACAUGGAGGGUGUGAGACAUCAUUCUUAUUGUCGAAAUUUAUUUAUAGGAAAAGCUACUUAUCAACUAUAUAUAAAGACAGAAGAAAUAUAAUGCAAACUUCAAAAAACUUCAAAAAGGGAAAUGUAGGAUCAAUAUUAUUCUUGGAUGAGUAUUGAUAAUUGGAACAUCUUGUAAAUACAUCUAUGAGUGAAGAAGUGAUAAAAAUGUGAAUAGAAGAAGUGAAGUCUAGAUUGUUAUUCCAAAGAGUGUUUAAACAUUUAAGUGCUUGACAUCAUUCUUAAAUACUUGAUAUAAGAAUCCAAAGUGUCUAAAGGUGCAUCAUUUCUAAUUGUACUUUUUUCUUUCUGUAUUGAAAUAUGAUGUUUGAGAUUUGUAAAUUUUUAUUUUCAUAAUUCCAUUGCUAAGGGACUAACAAUGAUUUAAGUUGGGGGGUGUGAUAGGUCUUCAUUAUCAUGAGUUAAUAAUUAGUAAAUAAUAUAGUUUUACCCUUAACUCAUGAUCAAUAGACUUAUAUUUGUGUUAAAGUGUGAAAAGUGGUUUUCAGUUGAUUAAUGUGAAUUUUAAGGUAAUUAUGUGAUUUUACAUGAAUUUAUAUGAUUUUAACAGUCUUGCUUUUGAGAUAAAUGAAGAAAAAGAAAUAAAAAUAAGACAAAAUGAGGGGGGGACCCGCCGGCCAGCCGGGCCCGCAAGUGGGUCGGAAGCUUAGUCGGGGAGUAGCCGCGAGCAGGGGCUCGAGCGGCUUGGACCGAUAGGGGCACAUGUGCGCCACUCCCCUUCCACGUCACCGGUGGCUAGCCGGCUGUGGGGCAAGGAGUGCUCGUACACGCGAGAAAGCUAACAUUACUAUAUAUUCGCCAGAAGAAUCGGCACACAACCGAUGUGGGACUAAACCCGCGUCACACCUUCCUCAGAAGGGGCAGACAACCGGCGCGGGUUCGAAUCCUCCCAGAGUCAAAAUUCAUAUAUUUUUAUCUGAUUAUCGCGACUUUCCUACAGAUCGUCGGUGAAGGAUUAAGCAACCGGAGACGACUCGAUGACCCAUUCCAUUAAUCUCUAGACUUCGUGAGAAGAUCUAGAGAUUGCCCACGUCGUCUUUGUCCAAAGAGAGCCUUUGAGGCCGUGGACACUGCAUGACGAUCCUCCCGAACGCUCAGGAUUCCAGUGCAUCGCCGACGCAUCGCCGUCGCGAUGCCGGAACUCUGUUUUCCUGCUUUCAACUUACUUUACGCUUCAUUUAGUGAUAGUUUUUGUGAUUUUAAUUUACCAAAAUAUACUUUGUUCUAUUACGAUUCUUCCGGCUUUUACAGAUCUUAAUUUGAUUAAUUAAAUCAUCUGUAAUCGCUUACGUAAGAAUCACCGGGCGGAACUCUGUUUCCGCCCGAUUCGCGUUCGCCGGGUGCUAACGUCAUCUUGACGUCCGCGCCCUUAUUUCCCUUUUUCGUGAAUUUUAAAUAUAUUUCCUUUUCAUUUCCUAGUAUAAAAUUCAUAGAAAAUCAUAUUCAUUGAAAAAAAUUCGAAAUAAUUACCGUAUAUUAUAUUACAUCCCUGUGAUCGACUUGGAAAAUUACCGCUAUUUUUGAAAGUUUUAUUGAAUUAUAAUUGAUAUAUUUGUUCAGAAAUAUCUGAAAAGUCGUAUUUUCUAGUUUUAUAAAUUUUAUAUUUGCGUGAUUUAAUAUACAACGACUAAGUCACGUCAGUAAGGUAAGAAGAAUAAAGGAAGGGAAGUGGAGAAAAGGAAGGAGGAAAAGAGAGAAAGAAGAGAGAGCUCUCACGAGAGAGAGAGAAGGGAUGAGAUCUCUUGUGAAAGGAAGAGAAAGAGAGAGAGGAGAGAGAGAAGGGACGAGAUCUCUCGUGAAAGGGGGAGAAAAUGAGAGAUCUUAUGGGAGAUGAAGAGAGAAGAGAGGUCUCACAAGACAAGGAAAGAGAGAAAUAAGAUGAAAAAUGAAGAAAGAGAGAAAUAUAGUCAACCUAUUUUCUCGAACGAAUGUGUGCUCGAGGAUUCACACACAUGACAUGAAGUCAACUGUGAAUGUCUCUCGCUUGUUUUAACUAUUGAACGCUCAUUAAUCAACCUUUACUUUCGGUGAUUUCACAUUCAAAAAUAGAAACAAUACUUGUUAUUCAGAGAAUGCUAAGAAUGUGAAUAUGUCGAGAUUCAACUGCGAAAAUCAAUAGAAAAUAAGUUAGAAAUGAUCUUAGCUUGAUCUCAGAUGAGUUUCAGAGGAUUCGGAAGAAGAACGAAGAUCAUUCAUCAAGUUUUGAAUUAGUUUUACUCAUUUCAGUCGAAAUGUGCAUGAAACGAAAAGAACUUAAUGUAAAAUGUAAAUAAAUGACAAAAGUAAGUAAGUAAAUGCUGAAAACAUGAAAUAAAUCAUUGCCCAAGUUUAGUCUACCUUUUGGGCAAUUGGAGAUACUAGUGUGGCGGCUUGGUUUCUUUCGAAUGUGCCACACCAUGCCAGAAGUCACAAAAGUAUCGUCUAGAAGCACUACGCCCCUUGUUGGAGAGAUUUGUCGAAAGAGGGGUUGACCACACUAUCACCAUCGUCUGGGGGGAGAAGGGAAGAGCUGACCACUUGUCGGAGGCCUUGAGUGCAGUCGAGGAAGGAUGGAAGAAGCUUACUGAUCAUCAAAAACAUCGAUUGUGCAAAAGGAGGGAAGAACAGAUUGUCGUAUUUGCAACUACAGUUGGGAUUUUAAAGAUAAUCGAUAAUAUCUAUUUUACCAGACAAUAAUUAAUUAUUACCUUUAUAUCCCUAACGGUAAUACGUGUGAGAACUUAAGUUCCCGAUAUCAAAGGCUCCGCAAACUACUGGAUCAAAUGAGCUUGGUCACAUGGCUCUCUAAGUGAUGCAAGAUCAACCCACUGUGAAUCGUUGUCGAUCGAGAACUUAAGUUCUAGUACCAUGGCGCCUCCAUAGUCGUCGGACCAGCCUUUGAGGCCACGUGCAUGCUGAGUAGUGUUAGAUUCGCGAACUAUUGAUGGAUCACUUUAUGCAUCUAGUAUUAUAGUGGUUUGCUAGCUGCAGGAUUAAGCUAAUCAAAAGACGUGGCUCUCUACGUACUGCUGGAUCACAUUGUGCUCCAGAUGGCUAUGCUAAAAUAGAUGAAAAUGUUUAGUCCCACAUCAGAAAUCUUUCGGAACAUACGUUGAAUAUAAACUAAAGCUCUCAAUAGAGAUACCUUCUCCCGAAAUAAAAUAAUGCCUAGGACUAUCUUGGGAGAAGGCAAAAAGGUGGUCAAUCAAGUCCUAUAGAUCAGGGUGCAAAAAUCUCCAUUAAACUUAAAUGAUCAAUCAAAUUUUCACAUCAAGUAAAUACUAUCCAUCAAGAUUAUGAAGUGAAAAUUUGUAAAAUCAAAUCCAUGUUAUCUAUCAUGUAUCCAAAGAGUAUUCCAACAUUUCAUGCUAUUAAAUCAUUCUUUUAACCCAAUAAUAAUUUUCCUAGUAUCUUUUGGCAUCAAUCAAUCUAAUUGAUUAAAUUUUUCGUACAUGCAAUAUGAUGUAAGAAAUUUGUAAAUUAGAUGGUUUUGACAGUUCUACUUUUUAUUUUUAGUUUUGUUUUCAGCAACAAUAAAUUUGUCAAAAAUAAAUCAAAACUAUCUUCUUUAUAGUUGUAAUUUCGAAUUUUAGUAAUAUAUGUCUAGGGGAUUGAAAUGUGAGAAAAGGGUCUCUAGAUUUUUAAAUUUGGGGUUAUUUUUUUCUUUGUUGUUUUUGAGAAUCUAUUGUUCUUGAUAGAAAACUAGAAAAUAAAUGUUGCAGUUUUUCUAAAUGUUUUUAGUUGCUGUUUUAAGUGAGCAUCAAAACAAAUGUAAACACAUGUUCUUUAUUGUAGAGCAUAAAUUAAGAAUUAAUACUUCACCUCUCAACUUAAAAAUGACAUUGUCCUUAAUGACAUAGAAAAAUCAGAACAGAAUAUGCAGAAAAUAUAAUUUUCAAGUGAACCAUACAUAUAUGCAAAGUUAAGCAUUAAAAAUGUUGUCAUAAAUGAUAAAGCUCAGAAAGACAUCACCUUAACUUCGUUUUUAAUUUUUUACUUCAUCUUACACUCUUCUUCUUGCACUUUUUUGAAAAAAAAAAAUACAAAAAUAAGUACUGUGAAAUUUUAAUAGAAAUAAAACUUAAAAAAUAAAUAGAAUGAAAUAAAAACCAUGAGUUACCUCUCAUGCAAUGCUGAAUUUAAUGUCUCCAGUUAGACACAUUAAUCAUACUCUUGAAUUUCUUUUAAUAAUAAAAUUUCUUUUUUUACAAGGCGUUAAUGAUCUAUGUAAUGUUUAAGCCGCUGUCCAUUUACCUUAAGGUUAUGAUCAUUUUUAAGAUCUUUAAAUUAUUACAGCCCCAUAAUCAUGUCUCUUCCACCACAUAAGGCUCUGUCUUUUUUGAUUUUAAUUUUUCUAGGAAUAAUUUCAGCUUAGAAUCAUAUAACCACACUUUUUGUCCAAUAUCAAUUUUUUUCUACUAAUGUAUUUAUCAUGAAAUGUUUAAGUUUUUUCUCUAUAUAUUUAUGAUUUUCACGAGUUUCAUUACUCAACUCCUCUAAUUCUAUGCCCACAAGCUGAUUUUUCAUCCAUACAUAAAUUUUUUAUAGCCCAUAAUACUUUAUGUUCUAUUCCAUAGGAAGAUGACAUGGCUUUUUAAAAAUGAGAUAAAAUGGGGACAUACUUAUAGGAUUUUUAUAAGUUGUUCUAUAAGCUCAUAAUGCAUCUUGUAAUUUUGUGGGUUAAUCUUUCUUAUUUGAUCUAAUUAUUUUUCUCAAAAUUCUCUGAAUGUCUCUAAUUGCUACUUUAGCUUGCCCAUUUGUUUGGGGAUGAUAUAGAGUGGCUACUCUAUGAUGUACUCUAUUUUUUUUUCAACAAUUCUCUAAAAUGUUUAUUUGUAAAAUGUGUUCCUCUAUCACUAAUAAUCACUCUAGGACAUCCAAAUCUUGAAAAAAUAUUUUCCUGCACAAAUUUCAUCAUGAUUUUAUGAUCAUUAGUUCUAGUAAGAAUAGCUUCCACCCACUUAGACACAUAAUCAAGGCAAAAUAUACUCAUAUUUUUCAGCUGAUUAGAAGGGACCCAUGAAAUCUAUACCUUAUACAUCAAAAAUUUCAACUACUAACAUGUUAUUCAUGGGCAUUUUAUUUUUUUUACUCAUAUUAUCUAUAGAAUGACAUGAAAUACAUCUUCUAUUAACUUCUAUAGAAUCUCUAAUGAUUGUAGACCAAUAAAAAGCACACUAAAAAAAAUUUGUAACUGUUUUUCGUCUAGAGAAAUGUCCUCCACAGAUGAACGGCACAUGUUAAGAAUGCUAUGAUAUUCUUCUUCAAGAACACAUCUCUUUAAAAUUUGAUCAUUACCCAAAUAAUAUAAAUCAGGAUCAUGCCAAAAAUAAUUUUUAAUCUUAGAAAAGAAAUUACUUUUUUUGUUCUUAUCUCACUAUUUUGAAAUUUUUCUAGAAACUAGAAAAUUAACAAUAUGUGUAUACCAUGGCAAUAGUUGAUGUUGAGCUGUCAUCAAUUGUUCAUCUGAAAAUAAAUCUUGUAAAGGUGCUGCAUUUAUUCUUGUAUCACUCAAUCUAGAAAGAUGAUCAGCAAUAACAUUCUCAAAACCUUUUUUAUCUUUUAUUUCUAAGUCAAAUUUCUCUAAUAAUAACAUCCAUCUUAAUAAACGUAGCUUUACGUCCUUCUUAUUUAAAAAAUAUUUUAAUACUGUAUGAUUAGUAAAAAUAAUAAUUUUAGUUCCCAAAAUAUAUGGUCUAAAUCUUUCUAAUGAAAAUACUACAACUAGCAACUCUUUUUCAGUGGUGGUAUAAUUUAAUUGAGCAUUAGAUAGAGUUUUGUUAGCAUAUGAAAUAACUAUGGGUUUUGACUCUUUUCUUUGUCUGAGAACAGCUCUCACUCUAUAAUUUAAUGCAUCACACAUUGUUUCAAAGAGAAGAGACCAAUCAAGAGCUUGUAAAAUGGGUGCCUCAAUAAGUAAUCUUUUUAUUUAAAAAAAAACUCAAAACAUUUUUCAUCAAAAUUAAAAGACACAUCUUUAGAUAAUAACGUGGUGAGAGGUUUAGAAAUUUUCAAAAACUCUUGAAUAAAUUUUUUAUAAUAACUUGCAUGACUCAAGAAAGAUCUAAUCUAUUUUACUGAAUUCGGUGGUUUCAUUUUAGAUAUAAUAUCAAUUUUUACUCUAUUCACCUCUAAACUCCUUUCACUCAUAAUAUUGCCCAACACAACUCCCUUUCUAAUUAUAAAAUAUGAUUUCUCCCAACUCAAAACUAUUUUUUUCUCUAUACAUUUCUCAAGUACAUACUAUAAAUGAUUUAUGCAUUCAUCAAAUGAUUCACCAAAAGUAAAAAAAUCAUCCAUAAAAACUUAAUACAUUUUUCAAUCAUAUUAGAAAAAAAUAGACAGCAUAUAUCUUUGAAAUAUGACUAGAGCAUUACAUAGACCAAAAGGCAUGCGUUUAAAAGCAAAAGUACCAAAUGGACAAGUGAAAGUUGUUUUUUCUUGAUCUAAAGGGUUUAUAUAAAUUUAAUUAUAAUUAGAGUAUCCAUCUAGAAAAAAAAACUCCAACUAAUUUUCUAAAAUUUGAUCAGUAAAUGGUAGGAGAAAAUGAUCUUUUCUAGUAACUAAGUUUAAUUUUCUAUAAUCAAUACAAACCCUCCAAUAGUAGUUAAUCUUGUUUGUAUUUCAUCUCUUUUCAUUUUUAUAACCGUGAUUGAUGUGACUUAGUCGUUGUAUAUUAAAUCACGCAAAUAUAAAAUUUAUAAAACUAAAAAAUACGAAUUUUUGGAUAUUUAGAAGUAUUUCUGAACAAAUAUAUCAAUUAUAAUUCAAUAAAACUUCAAAAAAUAGCGAUAAUUCUCCAGGUCAAUCACAAGGAUGUAAUAUAAUAUCUAGUAAUUAUUCAGAAUUUUCCUCAGAGAAUAUUAUUUUAUAUGAAUUUUAUACUAAUAAAUGAAAAGGAAAUAUAUUUAAAAUUGACGAAAAAAGGAAAUAAGGGUGCGGGCAUUAGGAUGACGUCAGCGCCCCGCGAACGCGAAUCAAGCGGAAACAGAGUUCCGCCCGGCGAUUCUUACGUAAGCGAUUAAAGAUGAUUUAAUUGAUCAAAUUAAGAUUUGUAAAAGACGGAAGAAUCGUAAUGAAAUGAAGUAUAUGUUGGUAAAUUUAAAAUCAACAAAUUAUCACUAAAUGAAACGGAAAUUAAGUUGAAAGCAGGAAAACAGAGUUCCGGCGUCGCGACGGCGAUGCGUCGGCGAUGCACCGGAAUCCUGAGCAUUCAGGAGGAUCAUCAUGCAGUGUCCACGGCCUCGAAGGCUCUCCUUGGACAAAGACGACGUGGGCAAUCUCUAGAUCUCCUUGCGAAGUCUAGAGAUUAAUGAAAUGGGUCGUCGACUCGUCUCCGGCGGCUGUCACCCGACGAAGCGGAAAAACGGCGACUUUGCGGCUCUCCGGCAGUUAUCACCCGACGGAGAGGAGCUGGAUAGAGGUGGGGUGCAUGUCAAGGAGCUUCAUCCUCAAGUCCGCGCAGCAAGAGGAGGCUCUUCAUCGCAUCUGGUACGCUCUUAGGAGGUGGCGACUCGUCUUUCGGUGGAUCGUCCUCUUCCCGACGACAGCUUGUUCGUCGAUCAAUCAGAGAUGAUUUACUCGAUGGAUUUGCGAUCCUUUUAUCGCGAAUCGUUCAACAAUUUUAGUAGCAAUGCUCCGAGAAUCGCGUUGACGAGAUUUUCGCUGAUGAUCCAGCGAUUCUCGUUGCUUAAUCCUUUACUGGCGAUCUGCAGGAAAGUCACGAUAAUCAGAUAAAAAUAUAUGACUUUUGACUCUGGGAGGAUUCGAACCCGCGCUGGUUGUCCGCGCCUUCUGAGGAAGGUGUGA